UUCAGAAUUUUCUAAAUUAAAAAAAAAGCAUAUCGUUAUGUCAAGUGAAAACCAGAAAAUCGUGGUUUUCGGAAGUAUCGUUCAGGAUCUUGUCAGCUACACAGAUAGUUUCCCAAGACCUGGAGAGUCGGUGCGCGGUCACAAUUUCAAGCUGGGCUCCGGCGGAAAAGGCGCCAAUCAGGCAGUUGCUGCGGCUCGCCUAGGGAUCAAUGUCUCAAUGAUUGGAAUGGUUGGAGAAGAUAUGUUCGGAGAUUCUAAUAUUAAGGAUUUGAGCAGCAAUGGAGUUGAUACAAGUUGUGUGGGACGGACCAAAAAGACACAUACCGCCACAGCGACUAUCACUGUUAACAAAGAAGGCGAAAACAACAUUGUGGUGACGCUGGGUGCAAAUCUUGAAAUGUCGCCUGAAAUCGCUGAUGCGAACUCUUCAAAAAUUGCUGGCUCGAAAAUGGUCAUUUGUCAGGGAGAAAUUGACGAAAAAGGAAAUAGAAGAGCCUUCGAAAUUGCUAGAAGUCACGGAGUCACCACUUUUUUAAAUCCAGCUCCUGGGGAUCCGAAUAUGGAUAAGACGAUUCUCGAGCUGGUUGAUAUUAUUUGUACCAAUGAGAAUGAAGCGGAAUUCAUCACUGGAAUCGCUCAAAACAACGUGAAAGACGCUGAAAAAGCAGCACGUGCAAUGCUCAAAAUGGGACCUCAACAUGCGAUCAUAACUCUCGGAGGCAAAGGUGUCCUGCUUGCAUCCAAAGGAGUCGAUGAUGUUGAGCAUACCGCCGUGAUCAAAGUCGAUGCAGUUGAUACUACGGGAGCCGGUGACUGUUUCUGUGGUUCACUGGCUGCUCAUUUGGUUGCCGGCCAUCCGAUUUCCGCAUCAAUACGCUCGGCUGCCAACUUGGCCGCACUUUCUGUGACACGUCAUGGAACUCAAUCGAGUUAUUGGAAGCUCGACGAGAUUCGCCAACAAUACCCGGAAUUCUUGCCUUAAAACUUAUUACAGUGUCUUUCAAGAAAUUUGUGAUUAGGUCUGAAAUAAAAAUUCUGCUUUCC